AUGUCAGACACGGAAAUGGACGGUGGCGUCGCGAUACAGGCUACCUCACCCACACACUCCCAUCUCGCCGAUAAGAUCAACGGUGGUGCAAUGGACGUCACAUACGCAAACGGAGCUGCCUCCAUCGCAGACUCGACUGCGACAAGCAGACUACCCCACAGUCCUAUCACCGUGAAUAAGCCUACACCCUUCACCUUCGAUCUCGGCAACCUUCUUGCCAACGACCCAAAUCCUGUGCCCGCCAAUGCCAAUGAAGAAGUUCUUACUGCCACCGCCCGCGAUGCCGCCCAGGCGCUCAUCAACCAGUUGCUCUCCACGUGCGAAAUCAAAUCCACAACCGAGGGCGUCCAUCUCGUUCUCCCCGCCCCAACCACAGCUCUGCCCCGCGAGAAGCCCAUACCUGCAGCCAAGGAGCCGACCAAAUGGGAGCGCUUUGCAGCCAAGAAGGGUAUCAAGGACAAGAAGCGCGACGGCAAGCUGGUUUACGACGAAGAAAAGGGCGAGUGGGUACCCAAGUGGGGCUACAAGGGCAAGAACAAGGACGGCGACAACCAGUGGCUUGUUGAGGUUGACGAGAAGAAGGAGGCAGCGACCGGUGAGGCCCACAAUCAGCGUGCGGAUGGCAGGAGGGAGCGCAAAGAAAGGGUCAGGAGGAAUGAGAGGAAACAGCGUGCAAAUGAGAGCAAGUCUCGAAAGACUGCUGCAUGA